CCGCAAAUUUGGAGCCGCGCACGAGGGAUCCCAAGCCACGCACUACAUAUAAAGUUCGAUUCGCGGCUGUCCGAUAUAGUCUUCUGACUGCGCAGAGGGACGCUCCUUCAUCACUUAUGAAAUCCUACAGCCAGAAGAGGCUUGUGAUCGCUCCAGGCUGCUGCUCCGUGCCACAACAACGCCAAUCGCACCAGCGACAGCGCAAAGUGCCACCUUCCCUUGGCCGUUGCACAUCGGUUGGCCGUCUUGCGUGAUCCGGCGACUUGCUAGGCGUCAAAUUAGUUCAAAGUCACAAUCAAGCAUCUUUGAUUUGGCGCGGUCGAUCACGCUGAUCAGCGAAACUCGACUUGAGGGUCGGCUAGCGAGCGCAGUAAGUGGACGGGCGUACAUGUCUUUGGUCCAAAAACGUCGAAGGACCGGAAUAAGCACCUUGUAUAGCAUUCUUCCCGUCGACGCGACUUGCCCUACGACCCUGGUCCUCAAUCAAAAUCAAGGAUUGAUUCAACAUAAGCUUGUAAAUGGUCGGCUGAUGUUUCAAGGCGUGCUAUAUUGCGCCGCAACGUCCCACCCGAGCUUUGCUUCUCUCCAUAUACAGGAGUCCAAUAGCGUCUCUGCGACACAAAUUGAAAACAGCGACCUACCCCUUUGUGGGGACCAUCGCUCACCACGCACGCGAUCCUCCGGGGCCAAGACUCAUAGACCUGAGCACGUCAACCAGCAACCUGAGAGCGACUGGGAACAUCGUCUGUGUAUGACUGCAGCUGCACGAUUUCGUGAUCGAGGCUCAAAUACGGAAAGCAUCACGCUCAGCCCACUGAGCAGCAACAUCCGCGGGCCAGACACAGCCUCACGCGGGAGGCGCGCUGCGCAAACGAAGAGAUCAGGUAAAAUUGUGAUUGCUCUUGUGCCUCUCACAAUUUGGCACGUGCGCGAACUGCCAGAAGUGUUGUUCUCGGGGUGAAAAGGAUAUUUCCCAUCGCCGUCCCUGUCUCUCCGCGGACGCCAUCAGUCUGGUCGAGUGCCUGACGCCAACUACACUUAUAGGGCAGCGCAUUUGUGGGUCAGUCGGAGCUGCGCAAGUCCUUGCCUCGCCAUCGGCCACAGAAGUGAUCCGAUCCCAUUCACCAUUGGGUGGU